CCUAUGACAAUCAAGAUGUUGCAGUGAAACUAUUGGACUGGGGAGAGGAUGGCAUGGCCACAGCUGCUGAAACUGCCGCUCUACGUACAUCAUUUCGGCAGGAAGUUGCUGUUUGGCACAAACUUGAUCAUCCAAAUGUUACAAAAUUUGUUGGUGCUUCUAUGGGUACUUCUAAUCUUAAGAUUCCUUCGAAGACUGAUUCUGAGGGUUACACUACCCUUCCUUCUCGGGCUUGUUGUGUUCUUGUGGAAUUUCUCCGCGGUGGAACAUUGAAAAACUACUUGUACAAAAACAGGAAAAAGAAACUUGAUUUUAAGACUGUUAUUCAGCUUGCACUUGAUUUGUCCAGAGGGCUAAGCUAUUUGCACUCAAAAAAGAUUGUACAUCGUGAUGUGAAAGCUGAAAACAUGUUGUUGGAUACUAAUAGAACUUUAAAGAUUGCUGAUUUUGGAGUUGCUCGUGUUGAAGCACAAAAUCCGAAAGACAUGACUGGGGAAACUGGAACCCUUGGGUACAUGGCCCCAGAGGUACUUAAUGGCAAGCCCUACAACAGAAAAUGUGAUGUAUAUAGCUUUGGUAUUUGCCUGUGGGAAAUUUAUUGCUGUGAUCUCCCAUAUACUGAUCUAAGCUUCGCUGAAGUUUCUUCUGCCGUUGUUAGACAGAAUUUGCGACCAAAAAUCCCCGGUUGUUGUCCAGGUUCUCUUACACAGAUCAUGAAGAAAUGCUGGGACGCAAAUCCAGACAAACGACCUGAAAUGGACGAGGUAGUAAAAAUGUUGGAAGCUAUUGACACCACACGCAACAGAGGAGGAAUGAUACCCGAAGACCGAUCUGGUUUAAUGAUUGGCUGUUUCACCUGUUCUACUAAGCCAAAGACCUACCGGGAUUAAUGAUAAGCUGUUUCCUUUUACUUUUUAGCCCUGUUGGUCAAGUUGAUGAAAUUGUACUCUUAAUUCAUUGGGUUGUUUGGAGCUUUUCCUUUUCCAUUGUCGUGAACUGAGUAUAGCUGAUGAGAAGUUCAAGAUUUUUAAGUUUGAUCUUUUCACAAUAUAUUCAUUUUUUAUUUUUUUUUUCA